AUGGAUUUGAAAUACGAUGAUCCUAUUGAGAUAUGCAAGAAGGAAGAAGGGUUCUCAGGCAUUUAUUACAAUGCAAAAUAUCUGGCUGCGAUGGGAAGUAACAAGCACUUGGUACGUUACGAUACUCGGCUAACCGAGGACGGAUAUAGCCCUAUCGUCGAAGCUGUUGACGCAGAUGAAAUCAGGCCUUCGGCCCCAAAAACUGCUCAUAACAUCGUCCUGUCCGACAAGGUUGAAGCCUAUGUCAACCUUGCUUGGCGGGUUGGGACUGUUAUAAGAAAAGUUGAUUCUAACUACCAUGUGAAGUUGGAUUGUGAUGGGAAGGAAGCGCAUUGUGCUUUCUAUAAUGUUAGACUUCAUCAUGAAUGGCGCGAUGGGAGUUGGUUCAAUCCUGGAAGUGGGUCUCAAAGUAGCCAAGCAACCACAUCAGCGCAAGGAGGUCAGCCAGCAACUGAAGGCAGCAUGGCAGACACAGGAGAUCAGGGGAGGCAGCCUAAAAAUGAGGGUGACUAACCAAAUCCAGGACAAGGAAGAGGCUAGUCUACAACUCUAGAUGCUGCCACAGAACAUCUAUCAUUUUUCUUUCUUUUUCUUUUAUAGGCUGAUAGUAGAACAAAGUGCAUAGAAACAUUACUGAUGAGCUUUG